UGAGAAAUAAACAAACACUACAACUAUUACUUUUUCCAAAUUAGAUCUUGUUUUUGUUAUGUCAUGCUUCAAUAGUGCGUUCAUUAUAAAGAAAUAAAUAAAUAAAAUUCAUCCUAGAAUAGUUAUUUUACUACAAGAAUAUGAGAGCAAUCACCUAAUAUCCCCUAUUUACAUUUAUAUAUUAUGAUAUCCAGUAGUCUUCCAUAAUUCGCCAGCUGUUAUUGAUAGAAUAAAAUUCUUCGUAGAGUAUACAAAUCUUCCCCAAAUUCAGUUUAAAUGGCGACAACGAAAAUUCCAGAGCAAAAAGUUAUUUUAUGUGGAGAAUUUGGUGUUGGAAAAAGCUCUCUGUUUAGAAGAUUUGCUAUGAAUACCUUUGUUUCUAAUUCUGAUAGACAUUCAACAUUAGGACUUGAUCAUUUUGAUAAAGUAUAUAAGCUUCAUGGAAGAAAUGUUCGUCUUCAGUUAUGGGAUACCGGUGGAAUGGAAAGAGUUGCUUCUAUUACUAGCAGCUAUUACAAAUUUGCUGAAGCUGCUAUAUUGGUUUUUAGUUUUGAUAGUCCUGACUCAUUCAAUAUUCUAUCCCAACACCUGCUAGACAUAGUGACUUACGCUGAAAGUGCCAAAAUAUUUCUUUGUGGUAACAAAAUUGACUUGCUCAGUCAAAAUUCUGAUCCUUCCAUUACAGAUGCUGACAUAGAAAAUUUCUGUGAGCAGUGCCAUAAUUUAGUAAGCGGAGUCUAUAAAACUUCGUGUAAAACUGGAGCAGGAGUGGAGGAAAUGUUUACGGACAUAGCACGCCAGUUGAUUGGCACGAGCAGAGUUAAAGAUAUUGAACAAGAAUUAAAUGACUCAUUCAAAGUUUGUGCUCAAGAUGAACCAAAUGAAUCUUGUUCUUGCUAGUAUUCUUAAUAACAUAUAGAGAUGUUGCUUGGAAUGUUUAUUUACAUUACUAAUUAUUAUAGUGAUUUUGUGAAACUAGUCACUAAAUUAGUAUAUAAGGCUUUUCCUUUUUUUAUACAACUUUAUUUUUAAACGCUAUUAUUCACUAAUGGCCAAAUAAUAUUCACUACAAACACUUAUUCUUUGACCUUUAAUUCUACUGUUAUUUCCUUGUGUUGUGUAUUUCUUAAACUUGUUAUUCUUUUUCUUUUUAUCUUAUCAUUCUUUAUCUUUUCAUAUCUUUACUUAAUUUGAAUUUAAUUUGUUACAUUACAGAACAAUGUUAAUUACUUAAAUUCAUAUAUCUUAUAAAAGAUAGUUGAUCUUUCAAAAAUAAGUCAUUAGUUUUUAUUCUUAUAACAUAAGAUGACAACUAUGUUUUGUAGUCUAUGUCUAUCAUCCAAAUCCAUUCACCUUUGUCCAACCAUAUGUGGUAAUGACUGCAUAUACAUUUUGUUUAACUCUUAUUUUGUCAAUUAAGUUGUUAUUAGUUAAUUAUGGCAUUUGAGUUGAAAUGUGUUGUUUUAAAGUACUUGAUUUUUUUUUAAAAAAUAUUAAUAAUUUUUGAAAAUAUGCAGAUAGUUAUAAAGGUUGACAUGUACUCAAAAAUAGGCACUCAUUCUUUAGACUUGCCAAAUGUGUAUAGGAGUCUAUUUUUGAAGGCUUGCAACUCAUCUACAAGGAAAAAGAAAGCAUUCAUGCCUGGCAAGUCUUGAGAAAGGAUUUCUAUUUUUCAGUGCUUGAAACAUGUUGACUUUUAUUUCCAUCUGCAUAUUUUUAAAACCAAUAAAUGGUAUAACUAAACAAACUAUCCACUUAAAAAUUUAAUCUUAACUUAAGUCAAUUUUAGCUAUGAAAGAAAAAUCGGAAAUGUUAAUUUGUUGCUCAUAAAAUCAAGUAAUUUUGUCUUUAAAUUAAUAGAUUUUCUUCUAUUAUAUUUUUACUGCAGCUAUUCAUUUUUCAUGGUGUUUUGCUAUUAUUAUUGCAUUAUGCUUAGGUCAUAAUUUAGUGAGAUUUGUUUUUUUUUUAAAUAUUUGUAUCUUCUUGGGCAUUAUGAUCAAAAAUGCGCGUAACUGUUAAUGCAAUGUGAGAGUGACUUGCAUAACAUAAAUUUUGUAAUAAUUAUUGCAAAAAACGAAGUUUUCACAAAAUAUUUUCAUAAUAUGAGCUUUAAGAAUAAAACUCCAAAGCUGAUUUAAUAUUGAUUCAAAUAUAAAUUUUUCUAAGAGUAAAUUGAAUCUUUUAAGUGUUUUUAUUUUUGAUAUAAGUUUGAAUUUGUUAUUUAAUAUUUAUUUGAAGAAAUAAAAAUAUGGGAAAAUACUUGAUUGUAAGGUUAUAUUUUUGUCAUGAAAAAUGUCAAAACUGGUUAAAACUGUCAAUACUAAUGAUUUGACUAUACUAAUGUAUAACAUGAUUAUAUACUAAUAUUUUAACUGUGUUUUUGAUGUGACUAUUUUAUCCAUUAUUAAAAACAGUAAAAAAUUUAGGUGUGUCUUAAGCUUGCCAACUUUAAGUGCACUGUAUAAAAAUUUUAAUCAAAAUGUAUGUAAGAUAUAAUAUGGUAGCAGAAUGUAUUAACUCUUUUUAUGUUUAGAGGAUUGAACUUCUACACUCUUGCUUUUGUAACCAAAAUAUACUUUAUAUUUGACCAUUUUGUAUCAGCUUGUUCAAAAGUGUACAUUUUAAUAUAUUUUGUGUACAAAUUAUUUAUUCUGGGCACUUAAGUUAUAUUAAAGUUAAUUUAUAUUACAGAGGCAAUACACCAAAUUUUUUAUUGGCCUUCAUACUCCUAAACUUCUUCAAAAUAUUAAAGUGAGAUUUAUGUGGAAUUGGUGAAGUUAUUAAGUGAAUAGUUUUUGAUUGAGUUAACUAACAUGAAUUAUUUAUUUAAUAUGCUUAUAUUUUAUGUGAGCUUUGAUGACCUUAGGGGUUAAGGCGCUGAGUUAAAGGACUGGUGUUUGAUUGCCCGUAGCAACUUGAACCCAGCUUCAAACCGACAUGUACCAGCUUAUCUGGGAAGCAUAGAUUGCAUGUAUGCAGCGUUGAUUGCAUUUCCUAUUAUGAGACUAAAGUAUCAUGACACCAUUGGUUUUGAAAUUGGGUUGGUGAAACCUUAAUUUCCUUUGCUGACAACGGACUGUUGAGGAAGCACUUUGCUUCUUUUUUUUCUUUCAAAGGA